ACUCUCAGAGGACUAAAAGAUACCAUGGCGCCGGUGACAGCCUUUGCCGUGCAUGACCCGUACGAUUAUCUCGAGGGACUAGGCAAUUACCUGCAAUCGGAAGCCGUUCAGGGUGCAAUUCCACCAGUCAACAACAGCCCGCAGAAGCCACCGCUGGGCCUGCGGACGGAGCGCAUCAGCGGGAGCUCCUUUGUGGCGCCGCGAGACCAUAGCUACCAGACUUGGCUCUACCGAGCUUGCUCUUCCUUGGAACACAGCGACUUCAGCCCUCUUGAGCUGACAGCCGGAUACGGGCCUGCCUCCCCCACAAACCUCAACCAUGUGACGCCCAACUCAUACCACUGGGACUUCAUGCCCACUCCCAGCAGCGCGGACUGGGUCAGCGGACAGCAGUUGCUCGGGAGGAGCGGCGAGCCCCAGAAGAAGGAAGGGCUAGCCAUGUGGGUAUUCAGCGUGACCCAGGACAUGCCCGAGAGGCAGGUCUUCUCUUCUCUGGAUGGCGAGAUGCUCGUCAUCCCGCAGUCGGGAGCGCUGGAUAUCCAGACAGAGCUCGGGAGACUCCUCGUCAGGCAGAGCGAGAUGGCAGUGAUCCCUCGUGGUGUUCGGUACCGUGUCACCCUCCCCAACCAGAGCCCAUGCCGGGGUUAUAUUUGUGAGCUGUCCCAGGGCCAUUUCCGCCUCCCUGACCUGGGUGUUGUUGGCUCCACCGGCCUGGCCAAUAUUCGCGAUUUUCAAGUCCCUGUAGCCUAUGUCGACGACAAGGAGAACUUCCUCAGCCAGGAGAAGCAGAAGAAGGAAGAAGAAUGGACCAUCGUGUCCCGGCUCGUCGGCAAGCCCUGGUACUGCACCCAGAACCACACCCCGUUCGACGUCGCAGGCUGGCACGGCACCUGCUACCCUUAUAAGUACGACCUCGGCCGCUUCUGCGCCCUGGGCAACGUCCGUUUCGAUGAACACGACCCCAGCCUGUACACAGUCCUGACAGCGCGGAACCACGGCGCCGAGCCCUCGACCGCCGUAGUCGACUUUGCCGUUGUGCCGCCACGCUGGUCUGUCGCCCAGGAUACCCUGUGGGUGCCCUACUUCCACCGAAACACGAUGCAGGAGUUCUACGCGCCCAUCAUCUCGCUGCAGGACCCGCGCCACCCGCUGAAUGGCGCCACCAACCAGUUCAGGCCGUUCGCCGCGGGGGUCAUGAAUUGUAUGAGCACGCAUGGCCCUGCUGAGAGGGACCUAUUGUCGGAGCAGGAGCGGGACACGACUCGUCCUGCAAAGCUAAAUGACGAGGGUGUCAUGAUUCUUCUGCUGGAGAUGGACAGGCCGCUGAUUUUGAGCGACUGGGCGCAUGGGUGUGUUGAGCUGAAUAUGCAAAAGCACGCUGGCAAGUUGUGAGAAGUAAUUAUGGGAAAUAAUUAGGACCAAGACUACAUGUAUGUAUUGUCAUUACUAUAAAUGAUCAAACAGCGAUUGAGGUAG